CCAUAUUGCCCCUUCCCAAUUACCCGUCGAAGACUGACACCCUUCUCCAUGAUCAGCGGGUAGAACUUGGUUUUGAACAUCGCAUUAACGAUUGUCAGAUCACAUGAUUAGAGUAAUUGUUCUUUUCCGCAGGAGCCACGCUUGUAGCUUAUAAUCUGAGGACAACACAAAAUGGCAUCAAAACACUCAUCAAAAGUGGCAGUGGUUACAGGAGCUAAUAAGGGUAUUGGUUUGGAGAUCGUUCGAGCUCUAUGCCGCCAUUUUGGACAAGAUGGCAUUGUUUACUUGACUGCGCGCAAUAUUGGGCGUGGUCGAGCCGCUGUUGAGCUCCUCCAGAAAGAGGGACUCGAUCCCAAGUUCCAUCUUCUUGACGUCACUGAUCAAUCAAGCAUUGAUAAGUUUCGGGAUCAUCUGGAAAAGGAACAUGGUGGAAUUGAUGUUCUAGUCAACAAUGCCGGUAUUGGUACACCUAAUCACUUUCCCCUGUACGGAAAAUCACUCUGGGUUAUGAAGACAAAUUUCUUCGGAGUUCUAGCCAUCUCCCAAAGUCUCAUCCCCCUGGUUCGGUCUGGUGGAAGGAUCGUUCAUGUCGCAGGCACAACAGGAUAUAUGGUGUUCAGGAACCAGUUCAAUGAUGACAUCAGGAAUCGAUUUCGAAAAGCUAAAGACGAACAAGAUGUUGUGGAUCUGAUCAAUGAAUUUCUAAAAUUCUGCAAAGAAGGGACCAUUGCAGAGAACGGAUGGCCGGAUGAGGCCGAUGGGAUCGCCAAAGUAGGCGUGAUAGCAUUGUCCAAGAUACAAGCUGCGAAACUGUCACAAGAUAAAUCGAGGCGGGGUAUACUUAUCAAUGCGUGCUGUCCAGGCUUUGUAUACACCGAUAUGACUGCUCACUUGCCUGAAGAUCACUUUGGAGGUAACAGGGUUACUACCGCAGAGGGCGCGGAUACACCUGUUUUUCUCGCUCUCCUCUGCUCUGGUACAAAGGGGCCAAAAGGAAAGUUCCUAUUGCGAAGAAAAGUUUAUGAUUUUCUUCAUACUGAUGUAAGCAUUAAGAUGUAAAAAUCUGUGAGAUUAUACAACGAGAUGCUUUUAGUAAAAAUGAUCUGUAAUUUUCUAAACAGGUGAAGUCAUACUGUGUUAGAAAAACUAUCGCACCAUCGCAGAUCAGCUGUGUACCGUAAAUCGCCGCUUCCCUAGCUGCGCAUAUGGAAACGUUGUAUCAUCAGCUCAAUCUCGUGACUUGCGUGCAUAGAAUAAUUUAAUAAGCAUUUUUGCAUGUUAAAGUGAAUUUUUCUCAAACGUGCGUUUCUUUCCAACAUUUGGGUGCCCGGGAAUUACUGGGUAACAUUUAAAAAAGUAUUAUAUACAAAAAUAGUAUGCUCUUUCUAGUCUGUACUUUUGUCAGAAUAGCAUAGUCUUUCAGCUCGAUGUCGUUUUUUUGUGUUGGAGAAGAGCAAAAUAAUGAGUUUCAAUUGCACUUCGGCCGUUCUCCCAAGCCCUCACUCGUUCUGGUAUUCAACUUGUUUUGAUUGGUUGUUUUGAUUUUGGGUUUAACCCCCCCCCCCUCAAUUUUUUGUUAUU